AUGCAACAGCCUCCACAAUCAGCACACCUUCCCCUUCACGAAAAACAACGCACUUCAUCCUUCAACUCUCUCUUCAACGUCACCCCCCUAAGUCCCCUCCGCAACUUCCUAGCCCGCGCCCCCAGCUCCACCAUUUCCUCUCCACCUUCAACCCCCGCCCCCGCUCCCCGCAUCUCACAAAUCCAUCCCGGCGAAUACCACACCUACAAAUCCAUCGACAAACUCCUCUCAACCUUCACCUCGCGCUCCAUCGCCCAGAAACGACAUGCUAAAGCCGAGCUCCCCCCUCAUCAAGAGGAAGAUACAUAUCGCAGUAUCCACUGCGGCGAUCAAAAUUGUUGCUUUCAAUCCCCUUAUUCAUUUUAUCGCGUGCGCUCAACUCCAUCUCCUUCUAAUACGCGAUCCAAAACUCUUCUUGGUGGACAAUCUCGCUCAAGGUCUGUCUCGAAUCCGAAUUUGAGACAUGAGAGUUCGAAAGGUGGCGAAGAUUUAUCUCUGGCUCCGUCGCUUUCGUCUUUAUCGACUCAUCCUUUUCGCAGAGCGCUUACUAUUACUGGGGGUUCUAGACGGACUUCUUCGCUGUUUUCUGGAAGUCCGCCGCCGGCGGGAAAAUCUCUAUCGCCUCUGUAUGAAUAUCCUGAGCCUAUUGGGCCGAGAAGCUCGAGUUGGAUAGAUAGAGACAUGGGAAUUGGGGUCAAGAGGUCGAAGAGUAUGACUUGGGGACCUAGUGUGGGGAUUAAUCAUCGUAAAGUCUCGAGGCAGUUUUAUCGGCCAAGUGGUUUAUCGCUAUUUUCAUGGACGGCAGAGGAUGCCGAGUCAUGCGAAAUGAACGUAAAGGAAGGAAAGGUGAAUAGUGGAGGAAGGGAGAUUGCUUAUGAAUGGGACGGGGCGUUUGGAUGGACGUGGGCUUGUAAAGAAUGUGGGAUAGAAAGAUGUGUAAAAUGUCCUAGGGAGGUGUUUGAACAGAUUGUUGUCGAAGGAGAGACGCUUACUAAUGAGGAAGGAGUUUUUAGUAUCUGUACGCCAUGCAAACAUGGGUUUUGUCCAGGGACAAAAAUGCGGUUGAGGAUUAAGUGUAAGAGGUGUGGGGAGGUGGAAUGUGAGGGGUGUAAAGAUUUGGGUGACGAAGAGAGAGAUACUGAAGCUGAGGCGAACUGUCCUCAAAUGACCCAAGCUGGAUUUUGA